AUGCUUCCCCUCUCGGAGGAUAAUAUAAGAAAUGUUACACCACUAAUGGACACCACCUUCAAAACCAUCACCGUCAAACCCCUCCACCCAACCUUCGCCGCCGAAAUCCAAGGCGUCGACUUUUCCAACCUUUCUGACGAGACCUUCGACGAGAUCCGGGCUGCGCUGGCGAAGUACGGCGUCUGCGUCUUCCGCCGCACCGGCCUCGACGACGAAUCGCAUAUCGCUUUCUCGCGCCGCUUCGGCGAGCUUGACAAUAUCAGGCGGUACAUGGUCGGUGGUCGCAAACCGCGGUACAAGCACUACGAGCUUUUUGAUGCCGGGAAUGUGGAUGAGAAUGGCAAUGUGCUGGAUCCGGAGAGUCCGAGGGCGCAUUAUGGGAGGGGAAAUGCUCUCUUCCACGUCGAUUCGAGUUUCAAUCCCCGCCGCGCAUCAUACUCGCUGCUUCGCGCCGUGCAGCUCCCGCCACCUGGCAACGGGGGCAAUACCGAUUUCGCAGACUCGCGUACUGCCUUCGAGGAACUGCCCAAAGAUCUAGCCCGAGAACUGCUAGAAAACGACUAUGUCGGCGCGCAUUGUCUCGCGCAUUCGCGCAAAGUCGCGUCUCCGGAAUUCUUUAAAGACCUGGACGCGGCCAGGGAGAAGAUGGCUCGUCAUCGCAUCGUCCAGCGCCAUGAACCGAGUGGGCGGAUGAAUUUGUAUAUUGCUGCCCAUUGCCAUCAUAUUGAGGGCGUCUCGCCUGAGAAAUCGCAGCAGCUGCUGGAUACACUGAUGAGACAUGUCACGCAGGACAAGUACGUCACCAGCAUCGUGUGGGAAAAUCCUGGGGACAUGAUCAUCUGGGACAAUCGCUGCGUGCUGCACCGCGCGACGGGCGGAAGCUUCGAGGGGAAGUAUAUUCGGGAUUUGAGGAGGACGACUGUGCAUGAUGAUAGCCCGACGGCUUGGGGGUUGAAUCAGGUUGAUGAGAAGGCGGACGAUUGGGUUUCGAGUGUUGCCCAUGCGACUAAUAAUGCGAGGAGUGUCGAGGUGCACUAG